CCUGUUGGAUACCGUUGGGAAUGUCGCUCUAUACUCCUGUAUUUCCGCCGACGGAUCCUCCAGGCGCGCGGACCGCAUCUUCAAGUUCUCAGUCCUCUAGCGAAACGAACAAGCCCGCCCGCGGUCUCUCGUACUCCUCCCGACUCUCACAGUGGCAUCUAGCAAUCGCGUCAUUACCUGAAGAACUAUGUCCGCCAUCAACACCUUCAUCGCCUGUGUCACAAGAGAGGUCGGCGAAAUUGCAAGCCGACAUUCAACAGGCUGUGCGCCAAGGGCGAAACAUCUCGGACUUAUGCAAAUUACGGAGCACGAAGUUUGGAUAUGCAUCUAAGCAGCCAAGUAGAUCUCUAUCAGAACAAGGCGAUGGUGUGCCGUGGAUUCUCGUUGAUACAGAGGAGGAAUGGCUUGACUGGGAAAGAAAGAGAACUCAACAACGAUGCGAACAGAAGGGGAAGGAGCGAAUGGCGCCGGCCCCGCCACCGUCUAUGCAAUCGCAGGAUGCUCACGACAAGGUGCUAAACUGGAAGGCUGGAUUGCAACCACCGAGCUCAUCGCUCGCCACAGCAGCUCCCAUCCCUUCUAUGAACUCGGCCCGAUCUUCGUUGGGCUUCCCGGUCGUCAAGCGCUCUACUCUCACCAAUGUCGGCAAAAUGAAGGCCACUAAGCCUGGUGUUCCGAUAGAAGCCACUCCGAGGCCGAAGACCGGGCUUCAGGUUCAAAACACCGGAGAGGAAAAUUUCCUACUUCAAGUUGACACUCGGGCGCUUAAUGCGAUUCACGCGGAUACCACAGACAAAACGCACAGCAAAUCGUUGUCGGACCUCAGAUGUGCCUAUCACAAUCCGCCUACGGAAGCAAAGGAAGAGAUGUUUGUAACUCGUAAAGCGGAAGACGUACAUCAUGUAAAUCCUGAACUCGGUGAUUUCUCUGCACUCCCACUAUCGUUCCCGCCCGACUUGAUGACGUCUACACAGAAGGACGUAUUUGGAGUAGUUCGGACUUUACAAAGUUCUUCGCCAGUUUCACCUGUUGAUUUACCAGAUUGGACGACAAAGGAUGUAAACAACAAAGAUACGUCUAUUCAGGUCAAUAAUCAAGGAUCUCAAACUGGAAGGCAAUUAGAAUCAGACGCUCAGAUAGUACCCAAUGAUGUUGCUGAGCCACGUGAGCAACCGGUCCCGCAACCAACACCGCCAUCUCCUCCUUAUUCUUCUGCAAAUUCUCAACAAUUUGAGCAGCCACCCGGUAGUCCAGUUAUUCAUCAACCACCUAUCACUGAAGCUCCUUCCAUCCCGACAACUCCCACUCGAGGACAUGUACGGCCGCUCACUCCACCACCAGAGCUCAUUGUGCCUGUUUCGAACGGAAUGCAAAUGCUUGUUCAAAGUCCACCUCGCACACCGCCGCCUUGUACAUCUCGUAUGCCGUACGAGAAUUUCCUGAAUGUACCAUGUGGAGAAUUAUAUAGAAGUGUUGGUGGCGGGAGUGUUCUCGCGAAGAGCGGUCCCACGACACCGGAUGCUGCUAUUAAUGGUGCUAUUGGUGUUGGCGUCGGCACCGAUAUUGUGAUGGGUCUUCCAUGUACCCCGGAGAGGAGACGUCGGAUUUUGGCUGACCCGUUGACGACCUCACGAAAGUCACGUAUACGUCCUCGCCCACCUUCUCGUAAACAUUCAGUGCAAAAUAUGGAUGUUGGUGCUGACAAUAACGACUUGGCGACAGAAGGAGGUGCGAAUCCGUCUCCAGCAAAAUCAGACAGGUCGUAUUUCUCGUCACCAGCUUCUGGGUCGUCUUCGGGCUCAAAUUUUUCGCGAGGCUCUAUGCGGAUUAUACCGGGUUCACCUACUUCACCUCUUGGAUUCACGCAAAAUCCAAGACGCUUCGCACCUCUCGCCGAGUCUACGCAGGUGUCUAAACUGCCUCUGAGCUCUCAAACACAAGCCCAAAUUUCAUAUUCACAACAACGAGGACCAAGUCAAACUCAAAAAUCCUUCGGAGCGUACAACUCACAAUUCGACGUCGACGCACAGGUGGAUCGGUUAAGUCAUUUUAUGCGGCAGGAUGUAGAUCUUGAUGCGUGGAUGCGUGAUGUUCAUACUCAGCAUUCCAACGCUGAUGCCGAUGCCGAUGCGGACGUUGAGACAAAUGGGAAUACGGACGAAGACGAGGACGUCGUUGCUGUUGAAGAGAUGACGAUGGCGACGCCUUGGUAGCACCGAUUGAUCCUUGGUUUUUUCGGGUUUCUAUCUACGGGUCCGCAGAUGCGGAGGACACUGUGGAAGGGGAUAAAAAUCUCCCGAGUGUUUUGUUUUUGUUUUUGUUUUUGUUUUUGUUUUUGUUUUUGUCCUUGCUUUUACGAUUUUUCGACCUUCGACCUUUUUUUGGUCAUUUAAUUCGUAUUUUGUAUUGAUUCUGGUUUUUCCUUUUAUACGGUAGUCUGGAGACACUUCAACACGUACUUUUUUCUUUAUGGAAAUCGUAUUGCUAUCUGCCAACACGGCUGCAAUUUCUUUCUGAUCAGUGUUGCUUCAC